AUGCUGCAGUCCGCUGUAACUGUAACGCUUUGUGUAAAAGUGGAGGACUUCGCUAAAUUCUUACCAGGAAAAGAAAUCAGUGAGAUCGUUUCUACAGUCCCUUUCUCCCCGGAAAGGUCAAUAUCUAAUAAAAAGAAUAAAUUACUUAAGGCCCCUGGGUCUACAUUUUGUGGGAUGGUGUGUGUUGGGGUGAUUGUGUUUUCUUGGUUUGUCCAUUCUUACAGCAAAGAUGAAUUCAGACCUGUCUAUGGUGAAUGUCAGCAAAAUAAAAAAUGCUUUAAAAAUGAAGCAGACUCCUCAGAGACUAUCUCUUCUCAGGGCAUAGGCUUAGGGAGGUCUGAAGGAAAUGGAGGCACAUUCACUUCCAAUCCUGCGGUAGUGAAGCAACAGAAGUCUUCCACCUGCAAAGAUGGAAAACAAGAGAGACCUAACAGAGAAAAAAAGAAAGGAAAGGAAGAUGGCCAUCUUCCUGCAGGUGUCUCUCCUCAGGAGGAAGGAAAUCUAAUCACAGUAACCUUUACUGAAGCAGAAGCCCAAGGUUCGGGAAAAAUUACCCUGCAGAAUUCUGGAGACUCAGACAAAAUCUUUAAUUCCCCUCACAGCCUAAUGAUUGCAGAGGUAAAAUGUGGCGCUCUGAAUGUGAAAGUGGAAAUUAAGAAAAGCUCGCUGAUUGAUUGUGGAAUGAACCUGGUCAUUAAAAAAAGAUGUCCCAGAAAGAGCCAGUGGUGUCAUGACUCACAAAGUCAUAGGUGCCACCAGUUUAGGAACAAGAGUGCUUGGAAGGGUCACUCAGCAGGAUGUAAUGUGGAGAAUGAGCUGUCCACUAAAAGCAAAACUCAACUUGCCAGACACGAGAGUCCCUUCUUGAACGUGAACAUUGUAGGAAAAGAAAUGAAAGUGCAAUAUGCCAAUAAAAAAGAGGUUGCGCUCAUUGACCUGGAACUCGCUAAACGAGGGAAGAGAAAUGGAAACAGAUAUGGAAAUAUUUGUUCAAAUCGCAGAGCCUAUACUACUUCCAAAGAACACUCCGGCUCCCAUCCACCAUCAGAUCUUAGCCUUCGGGAAAAGAAGCAAUGUUUUCCAAAUGACAAGGGUCCAGAUGGUUGUUUGCAUCUCCCUCCCCCUGAUGAUUCUGCUGAUUGCGAGGAACAGAACUUAGAUCUCCAGGCCGUGACUCUCCCCUUUACUCCAGAGAGCAACAAGCAGAAGCCUGUCACCUCCUUAUCAGUCUUAAGUGAUUGGGAAAGAAAAUGUGCAAUGGCAGACAUCGGGAAGGAUGACCCUAGGGAAAAGGAGAAUUGCUCUGGGGAGGAGACUCUUUGCCAAGAUUAUCCUUCUACUGACUGUAGUCCUCUAAAAAUCAGAGAGUCAGCAGGCAUGGGCUUAUCCAAGGGGCUUCUUGAGGAGCCAAGUGAAAUAGUGGGUAGAAGAGAAAGCAGGUUUGCUGACCUGGAAAACACUAGCCCAUCAGAGUCAUCUCUAGCAGCAGAUCCAGAAAGAAGACCACAUUUUCCACACACUAUCAUUGAUCUGUUUUUAUCAGGACCAGGGAGGAAAGAAGCUAGUUCUCACUCUUUGUCAGCUUAUAAACCACAGUCUACGCUAGGUCAAGAAACGAGCAGCUCCUUGCAUGAUAACUGCACCAACAUAGGCUCUGAAAGUACAGAAUUUCGUACAUUUCCUAGAUCACCAUCCUCAUGUUCCAGCCUGAGAAGUUUACAGUUUCCUCUCACAUGCUCCCCCGGGCCCAUUCCACCUCUCUCUGGCUCGGCCACUUGCUACCCUCCACCUGAAACGUGCACCAGGGACGCCCUGUUCAUGAAUCCCUGUGCUGCCUAUGAGAUGGACUGUGACGAACUGCAUGGCCCGCCAGAAAAUGCUUUCCAUUCUUCACUGAAACUAGUUCAUGACCAGAAACCGGAACAGGGGGACUUUGAGUCCCCAAGAUCGUUUUCUGUUUGGGAAGAAGUACAUACUGACUUUAGCGAAAGCGGCUUUGAUGAGGACACUUUAGAUGGUGAGCAGAUCACAGAAGUGCAGGAGCUUCCAGAAUCAAAGCCUGAAUCCUUACUUACUCUGGUCUCUUUACCUUGUAGUAGCCCAGCAAAUGGGCUGGCAGGCUCCCCCAUAAGCCCUAAGAGCAGUCCCACAGAUUGUGGGCAAAGGCAAUCUCCGGCAUCCCGGCUGGACCCAACUCCGCCGACAGACUCUCAAGAGCUGGAGGGGGCACCCAGAAAAUGGAGAGGGUCAGUGAUGACCGUAAUAACUGGCGACUUCGAACAAAGACUUAUCAUUCAAAAUGACAGUAAGGUCAAAACUGACACUUGUUUUCCUGGGGUCAGAGAAGAUCCUGGAGCGUCCAGCAAUGUACUGUCAAACUCUGGGACUUUGAGAGAUGGUGAAGUGGAGGAUCCAGUGCCAGAAAAUGAAUUCCUGAGCAUCAGUGGGGUCCAAGGACGAGGUGAGGUUCAUUCCCUAAGGGAUUUCCCAGAGGCCCCAUUGAGUGCCGGUUCUUCAGGCUCCCCUGAAGAUGAUCAAAUUUCCAGCAAGAAAACACAAAUUAAAGAAGCAGAUGAGAGCAGUGACCAUGAAGAUCCAAGCCAAGAACUUAAUCCCUUCAGACCAGAGUCUGUGGGACAGGUAGAGCGUUGGGUGGAGUCAACUACUGAUGGAGGUGAGAAAAGCGGUGAUAAAAAAGAGGACAGCUCCCAGACAACAAAUGCACAAUUGCCAACCCAGGCGCAGAGUCUUCUGAAAGAGUGGAAGUUGGAAGUGACUCCAGCUGCAAAACUAUCAUGGGAUCUGGUACCCAAAGAUUCAAGAACCAGUGACAGUUCCCAGGAAGACGCAUUAGACCAAUGGGCCAAGAGACGGAAGCUGUUUAAAGACAGCAAAAAACACAGCUCUACUGGAGGGAGCUCUUUUGCCAGCAACAAUCCUGAAGGAUCAAUCAAUUCUGAGGAUGGCCGAUCCACAGACGGUUUUUUACAAGCUGACAUUGAGGAGAGAGGAUUCUACACAGAGAGUUUUCACUCUGCCUCAUGGAUUUUCCGAGGGGAUGACGGGAAUUCAGAGAACAGUCCCAGGUGUCUGAGUAAAAGGCCCCGACCAGUGGCUGUUCGUGAACGAACAGUGAGGAUAUCCAAAGGAACUGGUGAUUACCCCUGGGGGUUUCGAAUCCAAUUCUCCAAACCCAUCUUGGUGACCGAAGUGGAUACUAACAGUGCUGCAGAGGAAGCUGGCCUGCAGAUCGGCGAUAUCCUGAUGGCCGUCAACGGAGCCGACGUCACCAGCAUCGCCCAUUCGGAUGCGGUCAAUCUUGCUAGAAAAGGACCAGACAUCUUGACCCUGGUGGUGGGGUCAGAUAUCAGCCGUUGUCCCAACAGUCCUCGGCCGACCUGCCGUGGAUACCUCCAUAAGAGGACGCACUCAGGGCUGCUGAGGGGAUGGAGGAAGAGGUGGUUUGUCCUGAAGCCUGACGGUUGCCUCCAAUACUACAAACACAAGCAGGACGAAGGGAAGUGCCGGCCUCUCUUCGUAUCGAAGCUAGAAGGGGCAGAAGUCGGCGUCGACAGCAGUUUGGGCAAACCAUUUGUAUUUAAGUGUAUGACUCAAUCUGGAAGCAGGGUUUUAUGCCUCUGUGCAACUUCAAACCAAGAGAUGAAAAGGUGGCUGGAAGCUAUGGCCAAAGUCAGACAGCCCAUCCAGCAGAACCACGUCUGGGUGGAUGUAACACUGCACAACAGCAGCCUGCCACCCUUGGCUAUAAAGAACCCGGACUGCUUGGGCCUUCUGCAUCAGCUGGAUGGGACGAAGGAUGACUGGGUUCAGCAUUACUGCAUCCUGAAAGACGGCUGCCUCUACUUCUAUGCCAGCAUUCGCUCCCCUCAGGCCCUCGGAGGCCUGUACCUACAAGGCUACACCAUGAGUGAACAGGUCCUCAUUGCUGAACAACUUGUUAUUGAGCUCAAACCCCCAUCGGAAGAGUUCAAAACCUUCUACUUGUGUGCAGAGAAUGAAACGGAGAAUAAGCGCUGGAUAACAGCUUUGCAGAUCUCAAUUAAAAAAUGGGUCCCUCUGCACCAAGCCAUUCAAGACUUCAUGAACCGUCCUCUGGAGGAGACCAGAAUGUGAAGGAAAAACACUUGGCCUGUAAUAAACGCUUAACAAAUAUCACGAUUAUUACUCAUAGCCAUUGUAGCAAUAAUAAUAAUGCUAGUAAUAAUGAAGGUUCACCCAAUAUGGGAUUAUCUCAGUUCUCACCUGAGGAUUUAGCAGAAGAAAAUGGAGAAACUAACACAGCCUGUCAUUUGCUAGAAAAUGAGCAGUUGACCAGAUGGGCCAUUUGAAGGGCUUUUUCUAUACCCAACCCGCAAAACCUUUCACAAGGAAGACAAGUAACAAGCAGCAGCAUCCUUUUUAGGUCAUUAGCCAUCAGGGCGAGUGGGAAAGUCGCCUUUAGAAAAUCUGCAUGAAUACCACGAGAAUUGUCUCCUCACUCUA